AUGAGAACCAACGCGUCCCCCGCUGCAUCCGGGCAGCUCUGCUACCAGAACGUGACCGGAUCCUGCGUGAAAGCUCCCUACUCGCCCGGACCCCGGUUCAUUCUCUACACGGUGUUCGGCUUUGGGGCGAUGCUGGCUGUGUUUGGAAACCUCCUGGUGGUGACUUCAAUCCUGCAUUUCAAGCAGCUGCACUCUCCAACCAAUUUUCUCAUCGCGUCUCUGGCCUGCGCUGACUUUCUGGUGGGGGUGACCGUCAUGCCCUUCAGCAUGGUCAGGUCUGUGGAGAGCUGCUGGUACUUUGGGCCAAGCUUCUGUACCUUCCACACGUGCUGUGAUGUGGCAUUUUGUUACUCUUCCCUCGUCCACUUGUGCUUCAUCUCCAUCGACAGGUACAUCGCUGUUACUGACCCUCUGCUCUAUCCUACCAAGUUCACGGUGUCUGUGUCAGGGAUCUGUGUCGGCAUUUCCUGGAUCCUGCCCCUUGUAUACAGUGGUGGCCUGUUCUUCACAGGUGCUCAUGAUGAUGGGCUGGAGGAGUUAGUAAGUGCCCUCAGCUGCGUAGGUGGAUGUCGGCCAGUCAUAAAUCAAUUUUGGAUUUUGAUAGAUUUGCUAUUAUUUUUCAUACCUACUUUUGUAAUGAUAAUUCUGUACAGUAAUAUUUUUCUUGUGGCUCAAAAACAGGCUAUAAAGAUUGCAAACAUUGGUAGCAAAGCAGAAGCAUCAGGGCCUAACAAAGCCAGGGAGAGGCCUAACAAAGCCAGGGAGAGUAAGAGAGAGAGAAAAGCAGCUAAAACCCUGGGUAUCACCGUGAUAGCGUUUUUAAUCUCGUGGUUACCGUAUAUGAUUGAUUCAUUCAUUGAUUUUUUGGGAGGGUGGAUAACACCUUCAUAUGUUUAUGAGAUACUUUGCUGGUUCGCUUAUUAUAACUCUGCUGUGAAUCCUUUGAUCUAUGCUUUAUUUUACCCUUGGUUUAGGAGAGCAAUAAAACUCAUUCUAAGUGGCCAAGCAUUAAAAGACAGUUCAUCAACCAUACGUCUGUUUUCUUAA